AUCAUGUGACUUUCUUCCAUAUUUACAUCUCUGAAAGACGUCUGCUGAUGGAACAGGUUGUCAUGUAAAUUCCAGUUUCAGGACAUAUUGGCACUAAUCUACAUGUUAAAAUUUGUCCAUUCUUUCAGAUGAUGUAGGUAUGAUUGGCAGAUUGACUUCAUCAAGUUUUUGUUAGGAAGAAUUUGUCCAGGGAUAAUAGUAAAUGUUGUAUGAGCUAUGGAGACUGUUUUAGGGAAGUUACGGCAAUCAACCAGUAGAAUUGCUCGUAGAGCAUCGCUGACAGGGAAUGGUGCCCCAUCAGUUACUAAAGAUGAGAUUAUUGAAACCAUUGAUAAAUUUAUACCACCUGUAACUCCAGAGUCAGAUAACAAUAAUCUGAAAAAGGCUGGUAGUCAUGACAAUGGUAGUCCAGGUUCAGAAUCAUCGUCUGCCAGCCAUGCUCAUUCAUACAGCUCUGAAUGGGAAAGACUUUUUAUGAGACAGAAUUAUUUUAAGAAACUACAAGAACAGGGGAUGGACGGAAAUUUACGAUCGAGUCGGUUCCGCAGUGUCUGUUGGAAGUUAUAUCUAAAAGUUCUACCAGAAGAAAAAGAGAAUUGGUCAGAACAUUCACUGCUGUGGAGAAACAAGUAUGAAGAUCUCAAAAAUAAAUUAAUUGUAAACCCGAGAAAAGAAGUUGAAGGGAUCGAUCUCUCUCUUAAUAAUCCCCUGUCACAGAAUAACGAGAGUCCAUGGAAUAAGUUUUUUCAGGAUAAUGAGUUACGACUGACUAUAAAACAAGAUGUCAUCAGAACUUUUCCUGAGUUAGAGUUUUUUAAAUCUGAAGUUUUACGUGAGAUGAUGAUCGAUAUUCUGUUUUGUUUUAGUCGUGAACAUUAUAAUUUAUCUUAUAAACAGGGUAUGCAUGAGUUAUUGGCACCGUUGAUAUUUGUGUUACACUGUGAUCAUCAGGCGUUUCAACAUGCUUGUGAGAUAGAGAGUAUCCAAGAAUUGAUUAAAGAUAUUAUGAAUCCAAGUUACCUGGAACAUGAUGCAUAUGCCAUGUUUUGUCAAGUGUUAGAAACAGUUGAACCUUGGUAUAUGUCGAAAGACUUUGUUAUUUCUCAAUAUCGGGGUAAAGAUUUUAUCAAUGCUCAACCUUUUGCUAAAUGUCAGGAUUUAAACCCAUCUAAUAGAAUUGUUACCAAAUUAACUAGGAUACAAGAUUAUAUCUUAAAAAAACAUGACUCAGAAUUACAUCUUCAUCUGGAGAGAUUAGAAAUAGCUCCACAGAUUUAUGGCAUUCGUUGGAUUCGGUUAUUGUUUGGUAGAGAGUUUCCUAUGCAGGAUUUAUUGAUGUUAUGGGACGCCAUAUUUGCCGAUGGAAUCGGAUUUGAUCUAGUGGAUUAUUUAUUUGUUUCAAUGUUACUCUACAUCAGAGAUCUAUUGUUAUCCAGUGAUUAUGCGACAUGUUUGAGUACAUUAAUGAAGUUUCCACCUGUACCUGAUGUUCAUUAUUUUAUAGUUAAAUCUCUCUAUCUUAGAGAACCUAACCAAUAUCCACGGCCACCAAAUUACACAUACCAGACUGUUAAUAAAAUACCAGGAAAAACCAGGAAUCAUAAAGCUGCCCUUUCUAACAGCCGAUCUAAACACGGAGCAGGAGGAGUUGUGGGAGGCUUCUCAACAUUUUCUCGUAGAUUCAACAGACCCAAAACACUCGCUGUUUCAUCAUCUAAAAAACUGCCAAAAUCUUCGAGUGAACCGAUGAAUUUACAAACGGAGAUGUCACCAGCAAGCCCCAAUCCCCCGGAAGGAAAGCGAGGAUCUACGGCCAGUCUCCCAGUACUAGAGAACACCACGCUACGUCAGACACCAUCGGCUUCCAGUCUCGCCAGAUUAGAAACAUCCAGUUUACGAUCAUACCAUUCUAGUCCUGCUGGCUAUAGUCCUGGUGCUAUCAGUGAGAAUGAAUCGCUUCACAGUUCUCCUACCAAAUAUUCUACUCUCCCUAACAGAGGUGGCAGAAAUAGAGGUGGCAAAAAGCUCACCAAGAUGCAGGAGAAUGAUAUCCAACAUCAUAUAUCAUAUCUACAAGGUAGAUUAAAUGAAAAGGAGACCAUGUCCCGGUAUUGUUCAAGUAAACUGGAUGUACAUAUUGAUCGUUUACAGAGUGAAUUACAACAAAUAGACAUGGAACAAAAUGAGGAAAUAUUCCUGGCUUUAGCUGGAAUCAAACAGGUGAGAGAUGUCCUCAACGGAACUUUAAAAUUCUCCCAGAAUCUGCUGGAUGAAGACGAAAUAAACAUUAAUGACAACCAUUAUAAGGAUGACGUCGUCAUUAUGACUCCAGACUCCGACAUCGCUAUGACAGCAGAGCACGACAAUCGUCGAGAAUUACUGAGAAAACGACAGAAAAUGUUUUAUCAGAGUAGCGAAGAAAAUUCAGAAAAUGCUGAAUCACCUGAAUCAUUUAAUGGAGUUUUACGACCGAGAACUGAAUUUGAACUGGAUGAUUAUGAGAAACAUUCUAAAUUAAGGGGAGGUAAUGCUACUAGAAAUAAUAUGUCUGAAUCGACGAUAUCGGAAUCACAAACUAGCUUAUCGUCAGACAACAUGGUGGAGAGUCCCAACCCUUUGUAUCGCAUAGAAUCAUGGGAAGAAGUUAAUGGCUAGCCGAGUUUUUGAUUUCAGUUAGUUUUGAUUUGUUGCCAAUAUUUUCCUGUGAAAUGUGAUGUUAAACUGUGCAAUAAACAGCAAGCUUGUGAUAGUCAUGUGAUAGUCAUGUGACACUCAUUUGACACUGCGUAUAUCAUAAAUGUAUUAUAUUAAUUAUAUAACGACAAAAGAACAAAAAUCAUGACAGAAAUACAGGGAAAAGACAUGACAUACACGAGGCAGAAACCAGUGGUUUUAAACUCUCUUCAACACAUAGCUCCAACUGUUAAAUGUAGAGAUACACUGACACUCGUCAAACCUCAGCAGACUCCAGUAACCUACAUCGAGUCUUGGCUUUAUGACAAAGUUUGCCAUUGGAACUACUUUCAACACAUAGCUCCAACUGUUAAAUGUAGAGAUACACUGAAACUUGGCAAACCUCAGUAGACUCCAGUACCCUAUAUCUAGUCUCAGCUUUAUGACAAAGUUUGCCAUUGGAACUACUUUCAACACAUAGCUCCAACUGUUAAAUGUAGAGGUACGCUGAAACUCGGCAAACCUCAGCAGACUCCAGUACCCUACAUCUAGCCUCGGCUGUCUGAUGAAGUCUGCCAUUGGAACUACUUUCAAGUUCCCUGGAUUAUGGCAGUGUCCAUAAAGAAUGUUUUAUCAUACAUUGCUUUCUAAGCUGUUUGUCUUUCAAAUUUAUCCGAUUUUCAUUAAACAAGGACAACUUUGUAAUGAAAAUUCUCCACACUUUUUGAACUUCUUUCUAGAAGCAGCAAGUUUUCCUAAUAAGUAAACCGGUAGCCUCAUCGCAAUUGUAUAGAUGUAGGAACAUAUCACUUACUGUCAUACAGCCGAGGUUAGAUGAAGUGAACCGGAAUUUGCCGAGUGAUACGCUUCAAAGUAAUAAACCAGGGAGCUUAUUAGCAAAAACUUAAGUUUAAAUAUUUUUAUUGGUAUAAGUUUUAUCUCUUGGCCAAUGAAAUGGGUCCAUUCUUAAAAUAUUUUAGUUUAAGUUUUUGUGAGUAAGGUCCCUGAAUCGAAAUAAAAUGAAAUGGGGUUUAAAGUCCUUCUGUUCUGCUCUGACUGGGCUAAUGGAGACAGGGCCCCUGAAUCCUACACAUAACUGACAUUUUUCUAACAUAAUCUCCCUUCAACAUUCUGUCACCAAAAAUAUCUUUUCUUCAACAUAAUGUGCUUUGGGCUUUCAUCGUCAGUGAAUCCAAGCAACAGCUAUAUCAAUGAACUUAUCUGCAAAGUAAAGAUAACCACACCCAUUUGACAACAGCACACAUUUUAUAAGAUUUGUGAAAAUUUCUACCACGUCAUUAAAAAUAACAGUUUUUGCAGAAAGUUCAGACUAAAUGUUUUAACAUUACUGCUAUCUUUUUCUUUCUAAAGAAAACUUACAUUUUGAUUAGAAAACACAAACUUCAAAUAUGAUAAUUCAUUUAAUUUUUUGAAUUGUCAGAAUAAAAUGUGACAACAAUGACAUGGUCUAAUUAAAUUCGUUGAUGUGGGGGAUGUGUUAAUCAUGAUGUAAUUCACACUGCAGAUUUGCAAAGUGUAGCCUUUACACUUCACUGUAAUGCUGAUGUUUGAAGCAGUGUUGCUCCCUAUGCUAGUAAUGUAAAUAGGCUUGGAGUUUUUUUCAUCUUGACAUUAAUGAAAGCAACCUAUAUACUUGGGCUUCACUAUAAUCAAGUAGUGUUGCUCCAUGGGUUCCAUGUCGGCCGUAUAUGAUCCCUAUUCUUAGGCAGUAAACAGACAUGAAGUUUGUUCUUCAACAUUGGUCAACAUUUUUGAAAACGAUGUUGUAAAAUACUUUUAUUCUGUAUUACUUCAACGGUAAGCUGAUACCAUUGACUACUGAAGCUAGGCCUUUUAGUAAUGACAAUUUUUGUCAUUAAAUCAUAUAAGUGAUCAGUAUUCUAAACUAAUGUUAAGUAUGUAAAGAUAGUGGUUAGAAAAUAUACAGUUGUCAUUAAUUAGCAGGUGUGUAACUAGCCGUAAAAGAUAUCACUACUUGUGUAAAAGUGUGACUAUUUAUAAAACCCAUCACUAUUGAAUACACAAACCUGGACAAUAGUGAUCUAUAUCAUUCAAUAGUCAUAGUUUUAACAUCUCAGUGACAAACCACCUACUUAAUGACAACUCCAUGAUUACUAACAAUUUAAUUAACUAAUACUCAUUACGUAUAUAAACUGACAACUUUGAUCUAUUAGUGUCGUAUAUUUUCAUUUAUAACAGUAAUUUGUUGCUUAGUCAACGAUAUCAACUUUACAGUGAUAUUUAUGUCAGGAAUACUAACUACAGAUAUGAAUUUCCAUCUUUCUUACAAAAAUAUCAAUCUGCAUGUGCUGUCAUACUAUGUCCAUAUCAAAUCUGGACGUUAUUUCUUCGGGAACAUCAUUAAAAUUUUGCUUCUUCAUUUAAAAAACGAAAAGUUCUUAUUGACUUUUUUGUUUAAAAUUGUUUAAGUUUUCAAAUUUUAAACAAAAUAUAUCGUCCAUGAGACUUGAAUACCAGUAGUUAUUUAGUGAUUAGGACCUCAUGGAAUUAAAUAUUAAAUUAGUCUAAUUAUUGUUUUAUUAACUAAGAAUUGAUUUUGUUUAGUUAUUGUUUUGUUAAGAUUAUGUUAAUCAACUUGUUAAUUUGUUGUUUAUUUACAGAAUUAUUUUAUUUUAAAUAUAAAAUGUGAUAAAAAUAAGGCUAGAAAGUAAAAUAUUGUUUCCAUUGUCAAUUCAUGCCCCCGUCAGACCGGAAUGGUGUUUUUAAUGCGCUGCUGCGACAGUAGUAUCGACCAGAAUAUGCACAAGGUCGCCGGCAAACAUGAACGCAACGCGAGAAAAUGUCCAUAAAAAUUACAAACACAGCUUUCCAGGUCAGAUCACAGAAGCUUGGCGGUUGUUUUGAACAUGCCCAAAACGAAUGCCGUUACUCGGCAACCAUUUGCGACCAUGGACACCACAGCACGACAUCUGACAUUUCCACCUCACUUAUGGCGAUCUUGAUGCGCUCUGAGACCAUUUUCCGUCGCCAUAGCAGCGAAGUAAGGAUGCCACCCCGGUCUGACGGGGGUAUUACUCGGACUAGGAAAAGUAAAGAUUAAUGACAUGAAAUUAAUGUGUCUCAGCUAUUGGGUUCAUGAGUAAUGCUCUGGCACAACAACUCAAGUAUCACGUAGUUGUGGUGUUUUAGCAGGUGUUUCUGUAUUUGAUGUUUGGUUUGAAACCAUGAGAAUCAUCAAACAAUUAGUGUUUCCGUAUUUAAUGUUUCGUUUUAAACCAUUGUUGACAAAUUGUAAAAUUUGUUGAGAAUCAUCAAACAAUAAGUGGUUCGUACUGUCGUGUGGUUUAAAAUGGUCUGUCAAGAUUAGAUAACAACUUUGAUAUUUUUAUCGCAAAUUGCGACUUUGGCGACCAACAGUGUGAACCCUGAUAACAUCAAUCUGACUAAAUACAGAUCUAUAUUUCGUUUCGUUUUUUUUUAUACUCUCGUUGGCCUACACUACAUGAAGAUCUGACCGGUUGUAACUAUAGGUCGCGUCAGAGGUCAUAUGAGCGGCUUUUGACCCUAUGACGUCAGACAUUUGAUUAACCAAUCAGCAUUGAUGUUACUAGUGGAUUACCCACAGUUCCGUUCAAAACACGCCUAAAGCUCGCCGUAACAGACCGUUUCAUUGGCUAAUAGCUCACAUCAUUCAGAAGACAAUAAUGAUAACAACUCUUCCAGAUCCUAGUAUAGUAAAGACAAGUAAAGCGAAAUUUUAAACUAUAAAAAAACAAAACGAAAUAGGAUCUGUGUUUUAAUCAGAUUGUGAUAACAUGUAUUUGGUUUACAACUGUUUACUUUCUCAAGUGGUAUUUGAGUAAUUUAUAGAUUAAUUAAUUGGUGCUCUUGGUGACCAUAUUGUCUUUUGCCCCGUUUACACUUGGCCGCGAUAAGCGUGCCGUUCUGGGCACGGUACCAGGCCGCGAUAAAUUUCAAGAAAUUGACCCGUUUACAUUACUCUAAAAUAACUGGUCUCAGAACCGUUCCAAGCACGCUAAAUGUGGAACUCUUCACAGAAAAGUUAAUUUCAGUCCCUAUACAAAUUACCCAGAUGAAAACAAUUAUGAUUGUUGAUUUAGUUUGAGCAGCCAUUUUGACAGAACUGAUGACAGAGCUGUCAAAGUUUGUGGGGGGGGGGGGAAGGUCAAGGUUCAUUUGUCGCAUGCGUAGUAAUCUGUGCUCAGACCGGUUAGCGUUUACACUACGAAAAUUUAAAGCGAGCCGGUCCUGGUACCGUUCCGAGACCACCUCACUUCAGUGGGCCAGAUUGGCACUGUACCAGGUGCGGCACGCUUACGUUUGACCCGUGUACACUUCAAAAAAGCGAAGCGUGCCGUACCUGGUACCCUGCCUGGUACGCUUUAAAUUUGUAAUGUAGACAGGGUUUAUAAGUGACAGUUAACUCUGUUCGAUGCAGACCAGGCCCCAAGUUCACAAAGCAUUCUGAGACUUAAGUUAAGCAUUUAUUCAACUUUCAAUCACUGUUUAUGAGAAAUAUAUUUGAUUCAGAAACACAAAACCAUAUUGUCUAUAAGUGAUAGUUAACUCUGUUCGAUGCAGACCAGACCCCAAGUUCACAAAGCAUUCUCAGACUUAAGUUGAGAAUUUACUCUACUUUCAAUCACUGUUUAUGAGAAAUAUCUUUGAUCUAGAAACACAAAACUUUUCACAUAGUUUCUUAUUGAUGUAUUUGAUACAUUAAAACAACAAAAGUUUUAUAAAGAGCUAUAUUUUAGUUAAAAUAAGGCAAACAAUUUUGAGUAAAUUCUUAACUUAAAGUCUUAGAAUGCUUUGUGAAUUCGGGGCCUGAGUACAAGACGGACAUUAUGUCCACACGGUGGAUCUGUGAAACUAAUUGUAAAAUAUUUGUUUGAUAUGUAUUUUACCUGUUAAUAUGCUCCACAGGCCUUCAAUGUCCAUUAUUUAUAUAUGUAUGAUAAUAAGAAAUCCAUAGGCUUAAUUAUAAUAUUUAUUGCUUCAAGACAAUGGCAUGCAGAGGUUUUGUGAUGCCUGGGGACAACACAUGAAAACUCAAGUAUAGGUCCUAGUAAUCAGAAAUGUGUAAACAAAAUUAAGUUGGGAAAUAUGUACACCAAUGUUAACAGCGAUAAUUUCAAAUUGAAAAAAACUUAAUUUUAAUUUUGCCGUUUGAAUUGAUGGAAGGGGGGGGGGGGAGGAUGGCCGAAGGUUAACGUGUGUGCGUUGCAUCAUAAGGUCUACCAUUGAGUCUAAUGAUUUUCUGAUAAUUACUUAAUGAGUUGUUACUCUUAAUCAGAUUUUAAUGUAUUAUAAAUGUUUCAUUACCGAAAAAAGUAAAAAUAUGCGACAACUCUUGUUGACUGCCCGGAUGAUAUAGCUGCUGUGGGCGUAUGUUUCGUUGCCCGGCAACCUAUCUUUGAAACUUCCCACAAACAUUGAAUAAAUAAAACCCUUCUUUGAUUGGCAUUUAGUAAUUGAACAUAUUAACACAAGGGACAAGGUAUUAUUUGCUUGAUAAAGACAAGAGUAUCUUCGUGGAGUCGCUUAGUAUUAAACUCGGUAAUUGUGUAUCCAUAAAAUUAUACCUUGUGUUGAAUAAAACCUUUUUGAAACUUGUUUAAUCCAAAAAAAUAAUUAGGACAGUUCUUUUUUAAAAACAAAACUAGUUUCCUUCGCAUAAAUUUGCCAAAAGAGAAAUAAGUUUUCUUGAUAAUGGACCCAGCCAAAUAACAAAGUGUAUAUUAUAUAAACCUCAUUUAAACUUGAUGUAAAUAUAAUCUGCCUUUCUUUUUAAGAUUUUUAAAUAUUGAAUGUGUUGUUUUGAUCUACAUUUUAUACUCUGACUUGAAACAUUCCGUAUGGUUCUUUGUUUGUUGUGUUGUCUUUAGUCAGAAAUGUUGAGUGUUUGUUUGUUGUGUUUGUUUUUAGUCAGAAGUAUUCUGUGUGGUUCUUUGUUUGUUUGUAUUUAGUCAGAAUGAAACCAUAAACUAAUAUUUCAUAUAGUAUAGUCAUUUUGAUUGUUUGUAACAUAUUCAUUUGUAGGCCUAUGUACAAAGUUACAAAACAAGAUUCAUUCCGACUGUAUUAAACAUACAUUAUGCUAAAUACAGAGCUAAAUCUGCCUAUUGUAGGUCAACGCUACCCUGCGAUAUUUGUUGGAUUGUGAUCCGAUUUGCUGCAUAACUUUCUUUCUCGAUUUAACGAUUAAAUGGAUAAUCGAGACUAUGAUUUUUGUCGUACCCACUUUAGUAAUGAUGACCGAGGCUAUGCGGAACUUUUGAUCGCUUAUUUCUCGGUUCAUAGUGGAUCAAUUUGACUGAAAUUUUCAGCAAAUUGCCUUUACAUUAUCUAGUUUUUAACUAUUGUAGUUAGAACUGCCAGCUCGUUAUCUAAUCUCCAAUAAUGUAUCUUUAAACAUGAACAUUGUUAAGAUCAACAAAAUAUUUUAUAUCUCAACAAUACCUUAUGUAAAAUAAUGACAAGGAGUAGGGUCGCCUGUCCAAUUGAAAUUCUACAUAAUACCAUAUAUGUCAACUGAAAUUCAACAUAAUACCUUAUUUUUAAACUAAAUUCAACAUUAUACCUUAUAUAUGUCGACUACAAUAUCUUGUAUGUUAACUAGAUUAAAACAUAAUGCCUUGUAUGCAAAAUGAAUUUUAACACAAUACCCUAUAUUAUGUAAAAUAAAAUUUAACAUAAUAAUGUCUACUAAAAUUCAAUUAUCAACUCUCGAUGGCAUCACUAGCGUGCGAUAUUUUCUGGAUUAUGAUCCCAUUUGCUUCUUGACUUCUAUUCAUAAUUUAAUCAUGAAAUGGAUGAUCAAGACUAUGUUUUUUAUUGUAGUAAUGAUGAUCGAGGCUAGGCCAAAAUUUCAAUCGCUUCAUUCUCGGUUCAUAGUGUAUCAAUUUGACAGAAAUUUUCAGCAAAUUGCCUUUACAUUAUCUAGUUUUUAACUGUUAUAGUGAGAACUGUCAGCUCUUUAUCUUAUCUCCCAUGACGUUAACUACCCCCUAUUGCGUAAUUAAUUUGACGAAAAACGUCAUUUUUGGGCCUAUUUUUUCCUGAAUACAAAUUUUAAUGGUCUUAAACCAUAUUAAAACUAACAGUAAAUAAAAUUGUCUCCCUUCAAUUAGAUUUCCUCGACCAGGCGUAAUAUAACGUCUUUCGCAUACGUCUUUCGCAUGCUGAGAUCGUGUUCGAAGAAUAGGUUGGGGAAAAUACCUCCAGGGCGUUAUAUUACGUCCUACACACGGUGAGUGGCAGUUGUCCUACGCAGUUGUCCUAACGUCCUACGCAGUUAAGGGGCUAAUGUAUCUUUAACAUAUGUCCAGUAGAAUAUUACAAGUAAUUUCUAUAAGUGUAAAAUAAAUUCAACAAAAUACCUUAUGUAAAAUAAAGUUUUACAUAAUGCUUUACAAGUCUACCAUAUUAACAUAAUACUUUACGUUGACUAAAAUACCUUAUGUAAAAUAAAGUUUUACAUAAUACCUUACAAGUCAACCAUAUUAGCAGUUAAGGGGCUAAUGUAUCUUUAACAUAUGUCCAGUAGAAUAUUACAAGUGAUUUCUAUAUGUGUAAAAUAAAUUCAACAAAAUACCUUAUGUAAAAUAAAGUUUUACAUAAUACCUUACAAGUCAACCAUAUUAACAUAAUACUUUACGUUGACUAAAAUACCUUAUGUAAAAUAAAGUUUUAAAAUAAUACCUUACAAGUCUACCAUAUUAACAUAAUACCUUACGUUCACUAAAAUACCUUAUGUAAAAUAAUGUUUUAACAUAAUACCUUACCAGUCAACCAUAUUAACAUAAUACCUUAUGUUGACUAAAAUAUCUUAUGAAAUGGAAUUUUAUAAAAUACCUUAAGUCGUCUUAAAUUCAACACAUUGCACCCCAGUGAGAUGUCCGUGUAUAUUUCCAUAUAUUUUUGACAUACAACUAAUAAAAUUGUCUGUAAUCGUAUGCAUAUAAAUUCUGCUAAUUAAUGAAAUUCAACGUGUAAAUUAUGCUAAUUAAUAGAAUACAACAUAAAAGUGGUGGAAUUCUCAACAUAUAAUUUAUGUUAAUUAGUGAAAUUUAAAAUACAGAUUAUACUAAUUAGUUGAAUUCAAUAUAUAAAUUAUUCUAAUUAGUGAAAUUUAAAAUAUAGAUUAUGCUAAUCAGGGGAAUUCUCAACAUAUAAAUUAUGCUAAUUAGUGAAAUUUAAAAUAUAGAUUAUGCUAAUCAGGGAAAUUCUCAACGUAUAAAUUAUGCUAAUUAGUUAAAUUUAUUAUAUAGAUUUUGGUAAUUAGUGAAAUUUAAGAUAUAAAUUAUGCUAAUCAGUGGAAUUCUCAUCAGAUAAAUUAUGCUAAUUUGUGUAAUUGAAUCCUCAACAGAUGAAUUCUUGACCUUGUGGUGUUCUAAUUAACUUUUAUUGGUGUAAAUGAUCAACUUAGCUUUUAUCUGUAAUAUAUUUAUUGUGAUAUCAAGUUUAAAAUGUCUUUUUCAUGCUGUUUUCUGUAUUAAAUUGUGCUGCUUUGUAAAUAAGAAAUCAUUAAUUGUCUUUCAUAAUAUUAAAUUGAUUAAAGUUCUUCUAAGUAC